UUAAAACUUUUGUGGAAUUAAGUGCAGUAAAUUAUUUUGUUGAAAUUUGUUUUAGUAAUAUAGAUGAAUAUGGCUAAAAGGAAAUUAGUAUGUCUAGACUUAAUGAAAACUGUGAGGGAAGUGAAAGAUCAUGUACUUUCUUCUGAUUUUGGUGUUGUGAUAGAAGAUAGAUAUCCCAAAGCGAAAAACCAUUUUUUAGUGCUACCAAAAGAGAAUAUACCCACUAUAUACAAUUUAACAAAGGACCAUUUACAAUUGCUAGAUAAAUUGCAUAUGCUUGCUAUUGAUGUCCUUGAAGUGAAACAUUUAAAACUAGAAGACUUUAAAUUUGGAUUUCAUAGAGAUCCAAGUAUGCGUCAAUUACACUUGCAUGUUAUAUCGCAAGACUUCAUAUCGGAUUGUUUAAAAACCAAGAAACAUUGGAACAGCUUUAACACAAAAUUGUUUUUACCAUAUGAAGAAUUAUAUAAUGAACUUAAAGCGGAUGGGUGUGUAAAAAAGAUAAAUGAAGAAGAAAUCAAACGCCUACUUUCAACUGAUUUAAAAUGUAACCAUUGUUCGUUUAUAGCCACAAAUAUGCCAAAAUUAAAAAUUCACUUAAUCAGCCACUAAAUGUGCAUUUCAUUAGCUAAUUUAUAAAAUCAAAUC